GCGUAGCAGUCUAGGGGUGCCCCACAUAUGUCGCCUGAGUUUUAUUCCGCUCUAUGGCCCCUUUCCUGGAUGCCAUCCUGCCCCCCCCAAUCCCUACUCUAACCAUUGUCCUUUAUCAAUCAAUAAAGGUAAAAAAAAGACCUAAAAAAAUUAAUCCUUUACAAUAAAUAAAAAUAGAUCUAAUAGAUCUAUCUAUCUACCAUAACCACAUCCUUUGACAAAAACUCAUUUCCUGCUCACAGCAGAUCCAAUAUAUCAAAGAUGAUCUGAUUUAAAUCAUGUAGACAUGUUCACCUGACUUGGAGAUACAUGUCGUUGAGUGAAAAUUGUACAUUUCCUGCUGCCACUGGGUUGGUGCCUUUACCACAGUCAAGGCUGUAUCAAAUACAUCCAUAUGGCUGUAAUCAUGCCUAGACCCUUGACCAUACAUUGUUACUUGGACUGGAACAUUAUAUGGCUGAGAAAAAACUCUAUUUUCUGUUUCAUGGCACCCAUCUUAUAUCACAGCUUUAUUGCUUCACAAAAACUCAAAACUUUUGAUCUACACUAUGUCGACAAUACACUGUAUAUGGGGUUUCUGGAUGUAACCUGAUGACUAGUUUUAAUUUAAAAAUACAAAUCCUGUAAAUCAUCAAAAAAGGCCAAUUUGACCCACAUCAAUUCAAUUAGCCGAUAUCCUGUUGGGUCUUGGGUUUGGAUGCAUUAUGAUUUUAAAAAUAGGUCAAAUCGGUAGAGUUGGUUUAAGGUAACCCCUAUAGGGAGGCUGAUUAGAAAACAUCAGGGAGUCCUACGGAGCAUCAUUCGCCAAGUUUUUUGCAAUAGACCAUUAAAACAUCCUAAUUUUACACGCGUGUGAUGUAUGUGCUGAAUUGAAGGUCACAUUAGGCAUCAGUAUUGUUUCAGUCUAUUUCUUCGCCGGUUCAAAACUCCUCGUAGUCCCUUUAAGUGAGUCGCCCUGAACGCCCCUCACUGGAGACCAGUGAUAGGUUAGCGCCGCGUGCCCCCUCCUCAUCCUGUCCUGGAAAGCAAGUAACCUCCAAACAGCUGCCGUACUCACUUCAGCACUACAGUGGACGGGAGUAUCAGGCGGUAAGACCACCAGGGAGCCGAAUCAAAGAGUCGCAUUGGUUGUAGCGAAAAAAACCCCACCAUACUUAGUGUAUCUUGUUAACGCCUGCCUCUUCCUCCAUCAACAGUCAGACAGCGUGCAGGCAGUGACAGAGACGGAGCCUGUCGAUCCGAGUGAAAACACGAUCGAGGACCUUACGGCUAACGACCGGGAGCCUUUUUGUGUCUCGACUGUUUGAAGCUGGUAACGUUAGCUUGAUCGAUAUGGUGGCUCUGUCAUCGAUAAUACGACCAUUGGCUUCCCAGCUUCAGCGAAACCUGGUGAGAAACAUCAGGAGUCACCGGAAUAUUCCCCAGAGAGGCUGUAACCUGACGGCGUGCUCAAGUAAAUAUGUGCUGUCACAGAGUAAGUACCAGCAGGUAAUUCGCUAUGGUAUUAUUGUUAUCAUGCAUUUUCCAAUGUGGGGACAGAUUAAAGUCAGUUAUUUUGGGCGUCAUGUGCAAUGUUUUUGAAUGGGUUUUUACAGUAGGUUUGUUUUGAGCCUGACAGUCUUUUCACUGUAGAUCAGAGACGAUACUUUGAUACCGCAUUCUUGUGUUUGUAAAUGAGAAAUGUUGGGGGAAAAAGUCGGACUGGAUUUCCCUCGUUGCUGGAUUUGGAGCGAAACCUUUACAACGUGCAGUUGGUACUGACACUCUGGAAUAGGCAUUUGACAUAGGUGGCUAUUAAAGGCUAUUGUUAUGUUGUUCUUUAUGGUGUGUGGGGGUGGGGGUGGGGUCAACCGUAAACAAGCACAUCAAUAAAAAAGGUCUACUCUUCUUAAGUGCAACUCCUGGCUUUGAAAAUCUACAUAGAUCUGAUCAGGAUUGUGAUGAAUGGCACUGUAGUAUACAUGACAUUGCCAAAUAUAUGUUAUUUUAUGUUUAUUUGUCAUAGUAUUGGACAUUCACUUCAGUUAAUCGCAUGUCAGACUUGAACACCAUUAGAAAUGAAAAAAAUGAGACUAGGUUUUAGAUGGUGUAAUUAUAGCAGAGUCAACCCCGCCUCCAGCCCCAGGCCUCAGCAGUACUGUCUUGUUGACCAACAGGGCUUGGUUCUGCUCCGGCACGUGUUUUUUUUUUUUUUUUUCUGAUUGAGAGGCAGAUCCUUGACCACAUACAGCUAGUUCCAAACCACGCCAGAGCUGAUUUGAUGAAAAAGUGGUAAUAAAUGUUUUUCAAACUCAAGCUCUAUGUUAGCGAACAAGUAUGACAAACAAGGCCGGUGGCCCACUGACAUAUGAGACCUUUGUACCGAGAUCACGGGCCAGUCCAUUAUGGACUGCAGCGGGGGACGCAGCUCAAGGAAGAACAUUUAUGAUCAUUUCUUCAUGGAAAUGCAAUCAGACUGAGAUGCUAAGGCAGCAGAACUACUGUGUCUGCAGUGCAAAGUGAUUAAUAUGGUGAUUAUUACUUUAAGGAAAUGAUAAAGUAAUGAUUGUAAAUGUUCUUCCUCAGACCGCUGUGUAUUGCUGUCGUGCAGUUGUUACUAAAGUUGGUAUAACUAGAAAAGCAAGCAGUCGGCAACAUUCAUCUCUUGAGGGGGUGUCAAACUUGGUGAUAUGGUGUGUUUGACCCUAAAUUAUUUUUAUGCCGGAAUAUCCCUUUAAGGCUUGAUUUAUUAAAUCUCAUCUGAACAGCUGAUAUUGGGAUGUGCAAAUGAAUUUAUCACUUGCAGCACAAGUAACUCUUGGUCUUCCUUUGCUGGGUUAGUCUUCUUGAGAGUGUUCAAAGUUUUUGCAGUUGCACUUGGGGAUAUACUCAAAGUUUUUGAAGUUUUCCUGGAUUGGAUUGACAGACCUUCAUAUCUUAAAGAUGGACUGUAUCUCUUUGAUGAGUUGAGUGAUUAUAUCUGUAUUAUGGAUUAGAACUGGAGUCGAAUAAAGCUAAUCACUGAUAGGACUGUAUACUUACCCUCCCACUGCAAAACACAACUGAUGGUCUCAAACACACAAGGAAGGCAAGACAUAUCACAAACCAAUUCUUGACAAGGAACACCUGUUGACCCUGAGUGCACAAGUUGUGAAAACUUUAAUAAACAGUAAAGAUUUAGGAUGCACCUGAAAUAACAGUUUACAGCUCAUACAUAAAGAGUAGCCUGUCUUUCUUUUCCAGACCUUUAGUAUGAUUUAUCCACCCCAGUUUUUAGGUGCUUCUUUGUAUUCUUGAAAUAACCAAGCAAGUCCGACAAGUCCCACAACUGCAGCACCACACCCUUAAACUCUGGACUGCUUUUUGUUUCCCAGCUCAGGCAAAGUGUAGCUACACAGCGUCAAAAAGCAGAAACUGUUUUGAUGAGGAAGGUUGUUCAUUUUAGAGAGCUUGUGUACUUCAUGUUUACAACCCCAAAUAGAAGUUAAUAAUUUUAUGACACUGGAGGAAUGGCAUUAGUGUAGCAUUAAUAGAAAAAACUGUGUUUGUGUAGGUCUGUGUGAGGUUUUCAAGUGCUGAACCUGUACAUCACAAUAGUAACAAUGUAAACAAUACACAACCGCAUUGCUGAGGGGGUCUUAGUCCUCUAUAAUGGAUGCUAAAAAGAUUUUGUUUUUCUUUUUUUUACUAUGUAAAGCCAGUUGGCAUACUCUUUGGUUGUCAGGUAUUUUUUGUUGAUCCUAUUAUUCUUCCGUUUAAUUUGGAGCUGCGAGUCUGGAAAGCUGUAGCAAGUAAAUUUGAAAAAAUGGAAUAUUGCCAACAUAAAGAUAUUGUAGCAGAAUUGAUGCCCAUGUUUUUUUUUCUUCUUCACUCAUGCAUUGUAAAAAUGUAGCAAUGGUUUGAGAUACUUUCACAAGUUUGCAUACUUAAGUAUUUUUUAAAAAUAGGUAUUCCUGAACCUUCAUAGGGGGUCAUGAUUUGGCUGAGCUACCUCCACUUGGAGUGGGAUGAUGUUUGACCAGGACUGUCUAUACUUGACUCAAGUCAAGAGGUUAUGCUCUUUGUCCAGCUCGUCCUUUACUGCUUAAUUAUAAGACAUAAUAGAUGAGUAAGUCAGUGAGUGGGGCUGUGGUUGAGUGUUAGAAUGUUUACAAGGGUCCACUGAUCCCCUAUAUCUUUUUUUUUUUUUUUUUUUUUUUUUGUAAGAGGUGACCAGUGGUAGAGUUUUCAUCUCCCAGUGGAGAAGUGAGUGGUUCAAUCCCAGGGCUGUCCAAAUCCCAAGGUGUCCUUGGGAAAGACGCUUGGCCCCACCUGCCCCCACUGGCCUGCAUUCAGUGGUGUGUGAAUGGUCUAUACAUAGCAGCCUCUGCCAUCCGUGUGUAAACGUGACUUGUGGUGUAAGCGCUUUGAGUGGUCAGACUACACUACUACUACUACUACAGACAGACAAGACUUGACUAAGAGCUAUUAUGAAUAUUGUUCAUUUAUCAUUUACUGGUCCUCCCUUCAAGUCCUGGUCCAGUACCAAGUACUGACCCAGUUCAAUUGAUAACAUAGACCUCUCUCUGCAAGAAAAGUACUGGGAAUGAUUUAUGUGUGAGGCUUCAGAGAGCUGCCUACAGCCUUCCUCAUCUGCCCUUCUUUUCCUCACACUACGUCAAAUGAAAGUUAGGUGAAGUCAGCCUCCUUAACAAUGAACUGCUUGUAUACAUGAAAGCAGCCUGAGGUAUGCAUCCCCCUGCUGCCAUGACUUUUUUCCAUGUCACCAUAACUGUCUUUCAAAAUGACAUGUUGCAUCUUUUCACUCCUGAGCGUUUACGCGUGUUCUUGAAAAGUACAGGCUGAGGAUUUAGAAAUUGUUCACUUGAUGCAACACUUGAAUAAUCUGACGCAUUAUCUGCUGCUAAGGCUGCAAUUAGUCAGUUUGGGUCUUAAUGACAGAGAUUUUAAAUUUGAAUUUGUGAUAUUUGACAGCUGACAGGCUAAACAUACUGACAGAGGAGAGACAAGUGCUAAAAUGAAAACCAGCAACUGAGUAACUGAGUAUAUCAGAUCCUCUUUUGUUUCAGCAAGCUGUUUGUUGAUGUUCAUAAACUUGUUCUCCUUUCUUUUAAGAGUUUCAUCAAGUCUUUUAAACUUUUCUUUGAGACAAGAUUUUCUUCACGAUUUAUUGGGGAGGGAAGCAUUGAUGCUUCAAAUCUGAUGUUGCGUUUUUCUGAAUCACUCAGAAUCUUCUUUGUCUCUUCCAGUUGCCAACUUCUUCGUUUCUUCUUCAGAAUGCUGUUUUCUUCUCUUUGCUGCUUUAUUUUCGUUAAAUCACUUCCCAAAAAGUUGUCUUUAUACAUGAGCUGAGAAGACAUCCUGACAAACAUGCAUCGUGUGAGCUCUUUGUCUCAAAGAGCUGGGGUUAAGGUUGUUUCCAGUCGGUCCACCAUAUCAUCCUCUAGAUUAGAGGGUUUGCCUUUUGAAUUUUUGUCAUGUACUGAGGUACCAGCCGACAGGUCAUGUUUGCCAGCACUCUUCUUAUGUCCUUCAGGGGGUCUCUCUGUCUGGACUCUCUUGUGUCAGGCAUGUUUGACUUGAGUUAUGAAAUGCAGGUGAUUGGUUGAUGAGUUUGACUUCAACAAAAAAAAAAAGUUAAUUUCCUAAAUUAUCAGUGUCUGAUACAGGAAAUAGAACCUGUAUUGGUAGGUAUCGAAUGGAGAAAAAAUGAAAUAAAAUUUAAAUUUAACUAAAUGGAAAAAUUGCAAUUAAUAUAAGUGACCCUAAAUAAAUAUAGAUUACAAAAUAGAAUUGUCAAUGAAAGGGAUUAAUUGUGUCUGUAAUGCAGAGAUCAGCAAGGCUUCAUUUAUAAACUGUCUAAUGCAGUGUGGUGAAUUGGGAAAAUUUGAAGUGAUGAUCAAUAUAAGGAAUUAAAAUCUAAAGAUUUAACUACCCAACUUAAGUGGAAUGACAUAAAAGACAUUUGUGAUAAGUUAAUUAGUUUAUUAAUUACUUGAUCUUAUGAAGAGAGUAAACACUUUAAUUUAUUAUAGAAGACAGUUAAGUUUUAAUGAAACAGCUCAGGGGAAUUGUAAAUAAUGAUAAAACUGAAAUCAGGUGAUUGAUUCAAGCAGUUUCUUUGUCAAUACCAUAGACUGUACAUAGAAUGGAUGCCGUCUGCCACCUCGCUGGGUGAAGCCACCGUCAGAACAGCACCCUCUGGAGACGGGCUGCAGUACAGGUCAUAAAUCUCACCUCCUCCAGCAACCCCUAUGGAGCUGUGGACAAACUUUAGAAAUUUAUUACACAGCAUAUACAUUUUUCUCCCCCCUGCUUGCGAUAUUGACAUGUAGUUAUUGUAAGACUGGUUUGUGCUCAAGUCCUCUUUUUUCUGUAAAGCUCCAUUUUUAAAAGUUAUUAGGGGGCUAAUGUUUUCUAUGAUUGACACUUGAUACAGCCUAUGUUUUACAGCCUGUUUUCAAAUCGGCUAUACUGGCAGUGAGUGCUGAUUCGUACGGAGCCCCUCUGGUGACAUUGGAGAAAAAACAGUAACAUAUGGCCACAAGAAAGUUAAUGCGUGGCCACAAGAUAAUUCACCUUCAAUAGCAUCUGCCAGUUUUAGAGUGAAGCUGUUUAUCAUUUAUGAAUAAAUGAAAUCAUAGUCUGCUUUUGUAUUGAAAAAUAGCUCUAUUAUUGUCAUGGCGAGUGUAAUGUCAAUAAUUAUGCUAUGACAGGCUACAUGUCAGUGUUGGUAAUGCUGAAUGAAUGAUGGUAGGUUUUGUACCCUGGGUCUACAGAUGGCUGAGGCGUCAGGGUCCAGAGCUACAAGAAUCAAACAAACAUCUUUUUUUGCACGAAUGCCACUUUUCAAGCACUUGUUGUACAUCCACCUGUUACUGUGAAGUCUUCCAGGUCCUUCCAGCUGGUGAAUGAUGAAAUCUAGGACUUCCCUGACAUCAGCGUAAUCCAUACAUUAAGCAGCUGAAUUAAGUGUCUCUUGCUAAGAAUUAUUCCACGCCUAACCGGAAGUGACGUUCGUAUGUCGUUGUAAUAUAUCCCCAUCUUAAAAUGAAAUGAAAUUAAUUCACGUUUUGUCAAUCAGCAGUCUUUGCAUCACUCUAAAACUGACAGAUGCUACUGAAGGUGAAUUAUCUCGUGGCCAUAAGAGGGGGUCCGUGGCUUUGCUCAAAAUCUAGUCUGCAGUAUUCAAACAAAUGGGAAAGUCGAUUAUGGCAAAAAUUCCCAGAUUGCAAACUGAUUUGGGAAAAUUUCACAGUAUGCAUCGGACCAGUCAGCUUUGCCUACUGUUACCCACAAUGCAAAGCAUCUGGCGGAGUUCACAGUGCCAUGAUGUGAAUCAAGUGCUGCCAGAUGUACAAGUCCGUGCUUAAACGGGUUAUGAUUCAGUAUCAGGAUAUAAAAUCCAAAAAAUUCCAAUUAAACACUUAUUUAAAAAUCCGGUGCAUAAAUGAAUGGACAACACUGCAUUGUUUUUUUAUUAUUAUUGAACAAUAAACAUGUUUAUAUACAAACAUUAUAGACGUGCUGAGAAAUUCUAUACAGAAAAUUCAGAAUCGAAAAGGGGAAACAAUAUAAAUAAAUAAAUAAUAGGGACAUGUGAUACUGCGAAACUGGACAAAUAAAAAAUGCAGAUGUUCAAAUAUUAGUUUUCAAAUAAGAUCACUAAACUUCUGAUUAUUUCUAUGUUAUAUUGGGAGUGUUUAAAAUAUAUAAUGACACUUCUAUAAUAUAUUUAUUUUUAUGAAGCAGUGGACAACAUUGUAGCACUGUUUGCAAGUGACCAGGGUAUUAUGUGCUUCUGUAUGCUAGGAAGCAGCUAAACUAGGUCAAGCAUACUGCACAAUAAAGGCUGACUGGCAGUUGUACUACAUACCACUGAUGAGCAGAUUAUGCAGUGUGCAGUAUAGACUGUGUAUUGCAUAAUCCGGCAUUUCAAAUACAGCCAGAAACUCAACUAGCCAUGUGUGGAGUCCCAGAAAGUCAAAGGAAGGGACUUUUCGGAUCCCCCCCAAUAGGGCCUUGUCUGUUGAAGGCAAAAUGAGUUAGUCUCUUCACUGGCAACAAAGGGUUAACAUUUCACAGCAGGGUAUGUCUGUACCAUAGACUGUACGUAUGUAUAUCUAUAUACAGUCUGUACCCUUGACAUAAACAGAACUUUACAGCACAUGUUUAUGAGUGGAUUGCAUCAAUAAAAUCAUUCCCAGGAACAAGAAUCAAAGGGACAAAUCCCUCAACAGCAGAUACAACUGCAGACUUUGAAAUCACAAACUUGGUGAUUUGUUUUCAAGAAUGAUGUCUGAAUUUACAAAAAAACCUCCCACUGACACGUGCUUUCCUGUGACAAGUGGAAAUGGGGAAAUGAGACCUCUGAAUCCCAUAUAGUUGUACUUGAACCUUGUAGUAGACUAAGGAGAGUUCAGGGUUUGGAACCUCUGCACUUAUCAUUGAACUGUCUAGACAGGGUGGAUCAGCCGUGCUCAGAGCAAAAGAAGCAGUCACACUGCUACCAAAAACAACAAUUCAUCUUGUCCAGCUCAAACACCAGCUACAUGCAUGUAGUAAAUAAGCAUAAACACAGAGCACAAAGCUUAAACACAUCAAGCACUUAGUCCAGCAACUUCAGCAAGCAUAGCAUUGAUUGUAGUUAAGACUUAAAUAGAGGAAAUGACCUUUUCUCAUCAUUUAAGAGGGAUGGUUUGAAGUUAGUCGGUUAGUAUUCCAGAGGUUUUGUUAUGAUUCAGUUUGGGUCAGUGGUUAAGCUGUGCACCACAUGUGCAGAGGCUAAAGUCCUUAGGUGGCCUGCCAGGUUUGAGCCCAACCUGUGGCCCCUUUCCUGUAUGAGCCUCCCAACUCUCUCUCCUGGUUUCUUGCUCUGUCCACUUUCCUAUCCUGCAAUGCCCCUUCUUCAGUCAGUGUUUCAUCUGUCUAUCCUAGGCUCCAGCUCCCUCUGUUGAUAGAAACACUGUGUUCCUUCUUUUUAGCUGACCAUACAUAAAUACAAAAACACUUUUAAAGUCGUUCACAGCUUUCUGAUUCACAGAAGUCUGCCAUUAAUUCCAAGUUGUAGAGACUAACACUGAAGGUUUCCUCCUGAGCAAAAUUUGUUAAUUGUGAAACCUCUGUGUUUGCAGAAGUGUGUUUUUCUAUGUAAGUUGUUAAAGACGGGUUUAGAGGAAGUCAUUUUAUCUUUAUUUACUUUGAUAAACAAGCUCACUUGCACCCUAACUCUAGAACUAUUCAAGAAGCACCUCAGUGUGAUAUAGCACACUGAUACUCCAUAAUGGUAUUUCACUGGCAUUAUUUCCUUAGCACUAGAUGUUUUAGUCCACAAUAGAGACAGGUAAGAGAUUCCCCCUUGAAGAGCACUGAAACCGGAUGGAAAAAAAGGUCAUUUCCCAGUUGGACCUGGUCAGCUUGACUCCAAGUCAAAACUUUGCGCCUUGUGUUGAAUGACUGGAGUGAAAAACAGCUGAGUUGCUUUUGUGCCAUAUCUGAAUAUUCUGUAUACUUGACACUUUUUUUCUUGGGUCUCUGUCAAAUGAGAUUUACAUUCUGUAACAGUAAAUACUGGGUAUGUUUUGUGCUUUGGAUUUUAAAUGAAAAUAAAGGAGAAAGGGUAUUGGGGAAGUAAGACCAGAGAGCAGUUUCAGGUACAUAAAGCUCUGUCUGCGGUGACUUUGACAGAAGUCGGCAGUGUGAUCGGCCAGAGGUCCUGGUCUGCUUUCCCCGCUGUGGAAAGGAGCUGGGGGCGUGCCAGGACAUUCCGUGUGUCACUUUCUGCAUGGCCAGCCCACUUCUCUUAUUUUGCAAUCUCCUUUUAAGAAAAACAGAAAGAGCUCUACAGGGAAGUUCUGUUCCUCUUUCACAUGACUUCAGGAAGAAGAAGGAUUUUGUUUGUCCUUGUAGCUUUGUGUAGCACCGUGUAGUCUUUUUUAUUUGACCAAUGUUAAAAGGCUGAUAUUUCUUUUUUUUUUUUCUUUUUGAAAAUGGACUGUUCAAAAGUCCAGGAAGCAGGGGAAUACAACACAAAAAGUAGGUGUCAGUAGUCUAUGCCAGACUUCUGUCUAAUGAACUUUUAUGGGUAGUAAACAUUGUAAGUUUCCUCAUUCAACUGUAUAUCUAUCUGUUCAUUUUUCCUCUUCUUCUCUCCUUUUCUCUAGUGCAUCCCAUGUGGCAGGGACCUCUUGUGGUACCAGGAGGUGACCGCCAGUCUCCCAUUGACAUUGUUGUGCGUAAGAGUGUCUUUGAUUCAGAACUGAAACCUCUGCUCACCAACUACGACCCACGGACUUGCCAACAAAUCUGGAACAACGGUUACUCUUUUCUGGUUGAGUACGAUGAUACUGCAGACAAGUCCAGUGAGUACUCUUCUAUGAACAGAUCAUUAAAAUCCACACAUUCACAGUAGUUUUAUUAUAACUUACGUGACCUGGAGCAACUUAGUGACUCCUUUUUCAGUCAGCAAGGUUUAUAAUGCGCGUCUCGAUCUACCCAAGAUUAUCAUCUUCUUCAGCCUAAAGAACUGACAUAUAUUGAACAAUCGAGUUAAUGCAGCACCAAUGACACAACUUUCAUGUGGACUUGGUGACUGUCAUGGUCUGAAGAUUAAAUCUACACCACAACGACUACCAUAAAGACUGUUCAUAAAAAUAGUCCAUUUUGUUUUGAGUUCAUGGCUUCACCAAAACUGAGUGAAACCCUCUAGCCUAACACUGUAUCUGUCUGUAUCCUUGAAUCCUUGGCGGUUGGAAAUCUUACCGACUAGGAUGACCCGACAGGUAUCAUAAGAUAUAUUUCUUUAUAGGGGGGUAGUUGUCUCAGGCUGUAAUACUUUUACAGUUCUGUUUUACUACAGGAAAAAACAUGCAGGCAUUCGUCAUGAGAAGAUGCCGCUCUUUUUGAAGAGCAAGUUAAUAUUAAUUCUUUUAACAACCCCACAACUAGAGAUGUGAUCCGAACAACGGUCAUAACCUGGCUUGUGAGCUAUGACAAAUAGACGCUGUAGACAUCAAGUUCAAAGUGAGUGAAAAUUUGCAAAAAGAUUAAACCCCAAAAUAAUAAGGUAUAUCAGAUUGAACUUUAAAUAUCUUGUCUUUGUAGUGUAUUCAAAUCGAAAAGGAUUUGCAAAUAUGGUUGUCUAUUUUAAAUUAAUGUUUUACUAAAGGUACCAACCUUCAUUAGAAUCGGGGUUUGUAUCAUUUUAAUCAAGUCAAGUAGUGAAAAGCUUGAGUAAGCAAUCAACAGCAAAUGUGGUGUUGAUAAUUUAGAGAUGAAAUAGCAACUUUUGGAUGCAUCUUAGAUUUAGCAGAAACAUGAUGUGAUAGAAAUAAAGAUCAGAUUGACACAGUAUUGAUGCGACAAUAUUGAAUGAUCUCAAUGCACAUCAUUAAGCUUCUGAGUAUUUCUGCCUUUAUGAGCUCGGAUAGGUGGAGAGAGAGAGGAAAUAUGGGAGGCAGAGAGCGAGGGAAGACAGGCAACUUCUUCUAUUGUGCUGAUAAACUGUUGAACUGGUAUGGUUAAAACAUAGAUACGUUUUGUUGUAUUGAAGGAGAGUAAUCUCAAAGCCUCUGAUUGUGACGUUUAUUUUACAAUUUUAUGUAUUACUGUGUUUUUGCCCAUCAAAAUAAAUACUGGGCACUGAAAACAAGGCAGUAUCAGUUGUUUAAACCAUUGUGCAUCCCUAGUAUGUGGGGGUCAGGGAUUCUCUUGUAUUUGGUAGUAAUAUCUUGAUGUCAAAUAAACCCUAAAGUUUUUUUAUUUAUGAUUAUUGAAAAAAACAUUUAUUUCCUGCAAGAUCUUUGCAUUUGAGAGUGAAUGACUUAAAUUCACAUUUUUCAUGGAAUUGUAUCUCUGAGUAGCAAAUUGGAGACCCUGUUUUCUUAAUAAUGACCAAGUAAAUGAACUAGAAUGAACUUUCCACUGUACCGAUAACGAUACUUUUGAUAAUAUGGAAAAAAAAUUGAUACAUAUUAUCAGUGAUUGCUGCUUCUGAACAACACCAUUUUUAUUAGUGGUGUGAAAAGGGGGUUAAGUUAUGAAAAUAAAUUCAGAUUUGUCAUACAUUAACAGGACAGGAGUUAAUAACCCCCCCAAAAAUGUUUUUGCCCAUGUUUUUUUUAUUUUUGAAUAUGUCCUCAAACUUAAAGGUUGACAACAUUCACCUCAUUGUCUGUUGUUACACACACACCUGUUUGUCCUCUUGUAGAUUUCAUAACUCAGGAAACUCCCUUAAUCCACUCACAAUAUUUUCUCCUAUGAGAUGCUUUGGAAAGUAGCAGGUUUCAAGACAUGAGUUGUGCAGCUUCCAGUCGUUGGCUAUGUAAUAGACCGUCGGGCUGAUAUAGGAUUUGUAGAUUCACGUCAGUUGUACAGGCAAAAAAACUCCACCGAUGAGAAGGUUGGUUGCGGCUUGCUUCAUACAUCGCAGUGUUUUUGAAAAAUAUUAUCUUGUGUAUCUUUUUAAUGAAAUUUUUUUUAUUUUUUUAUGAAGUGUUUAAAGCCUUCCUUUGCUACAGCCUGAAUUGGCUUCAUGUCUUUGGCCUAACAAUACCUGACCACUUCGGUAAUGUCCUGUCACCUUCUGUUUUUUUUUUCUUUUUUUAUCGUACAAAGUGCAGUGAGUGCUCCUGAAAUGUUGAGCCGUUUGUUUACUUUUACUCUGAACACUAGUAGCUGCUGUCACGUCCUCAUCAUGUGUCUUCAAAGCCUGCUGAUACUCGGCCGUGUGUUUUAGCUUUAGGUGGUAAAACUCAUUAGCUGUAUUAGCCAAACCACAUCCACACCAGAGAGAUAGCUCCAGUUUUUUGUCACCAGAUCCUCAUUUCAGGACGAAGUUGACGCUGCUGAGCUACUCUCGCUCUCAGACGUUGUUGUUUAUGCAGGAGAGAACGUCAUCGUGUCCCUACAGCGUAAAUACCGCGAUAUGACAAAUUUAUAUCACCAAAAAAAGUACACUGGUAUUACCGUAUACGGUAUAAUAUGGCACACCCCUAGUCCCAACCAUCUCUACUCAAUCCCGCUCUCUUUAAUCAUCGAAUUUCUUUUAAAUAAAAACAUAUAUAUUUCUUGCACAGCAAUGGAAAGUUUAAGAUGCUAAAGUUUGACGUAAAUAUCCAUUUACCCCUGUGCAGCACUGGAAGGGGGACCUCUUCAAGACAAAUUCAGACUGUGCCAAUUCCACUUCCACUGGGGUGAGAGCAACGCCUGGGGAUCUGAGCACACCUUGGACAGGAGGCUAUUCCCUGCAGAGGUACUGUGUGUGUGUGUGCGUGUGUGCGUGCGUGCGUGCGUGCGUGCACGUUUGUGUGCCCCACUGGAUGUCUUCACUAACUCUGAGGACUUGAAUCUACACUCAGAAAGUUUGCUAGAGAACACUGUAGCUAAAACAUUUUCACACAUCCAAAUUAAUGUGAAUUAUCCCUUGUGUUCCUGUUCCCUAUGUGUGUAUUGUUCAUUUUUAUCUGGGUCAUUUCUGUGUGGUGGAUGUUGCUUGUUGUUAAUAUUUCCAGUUUUAUUUUAUAAUCCUUUUUCCCAGUAUGCAAAGUCAGGUUCCCUCUUUGGUUUUCCCGUCCUUGUUUAAUAUUAGCUAUUAUAUUCAGUUGUUACUCUUGUCUUUUCAUCUGCUGCUCUUUUCUCUGUGUUUAUUAGUCCUUGACUUUGUCUCCUGUGUUUGUUUAUCGUCCAUGUCUGCAUCAUUUAUGUUCUAAACCUACAUCUUCAUGACUUGAAAUAAGUUACUUGAGUAAAUCUAUUUUAAAACCAAUAAUUAGAGCUCCUUUAAAGAGUUUUGAACAUUUGUCAAAUACACUGAAACUAAUAUCAUUGCCUUUUUAUGAUGUCCAAAAGCAAACAUGACUAUCAGCAAUAAGACUGAUGAUGUUUAUAGUCCAGUUUUUAAUUACAAAAAUAAGUGCAAGCCAAGCAGCAAGAGAAACAGCCCUGUUUUUUACAAUUUCCUUCCAAAAUAUUCAUAAAAAGUGACACAUUUAACUGUCAAAAGUGAAGAGGGUGAAAAUCUUUGUCGAAUCACUACGCAAACAUGUGGAGAUCAAGAUGUGCAAAGACUGCAGCGCCAGGAUUGACACAAGCCAAGAGUUACUUACGGCAGCUUUAAAUUCAGAAUAAAAAAAGUAAAUAAAUGAGUCAUAUGAACCCAGAAUGAGAUGGCUGUACAUCCAUGUAGUGAAUAAGGCUAUGGCUUAAUCUAAUGUUUAUGUGAUUCACACACACGUACACUCAUCAACACAGAAACUAAUGUGUUUGUAUGCUAUGGUUGUUCUCAGCUCCAUUUGGUCCACUGGAAUUCUAACAAGUACAGUUUAUUUGAGGAGGCAGUGAUGGAGGAAAACGGACUGGCUGUUAUCGGAGUUUUUCUAAAGGUAAACCACAAACACAUUUUCAAAUUGCUGGAAAUUUGAAAAAGACAUUUUUUAAAAAGAAAUGUGAUUCAAUGCAGUGUUUUGGAAAAAUGUUAUGUGUGUGUACACAGGCUAGAGACUGUGAUUGCAAUGCAGAUCUCAUUGGCUUACUUUUGCAGGUUGGAAAAAGACAUGAAGGGCUCCAGAAGCUGGUUGACGCUCUUCCAGCGAUAAGACACAAGGUUAGUUUUUUACGCACAAUGCACCUUUUGUUUUUUUGUUUUUUUUUUCAAUCUGAAGGGGUAACCUGUGUUGGCCUUUGGGUAAAACAAAGUUAUAUUAUUAUGAUUAGACCCACUUAACUUAUAUGAUUGGAUCAAAAUUCACACUUAUUAACAGUAGACUUGAUGAAGUUAAUGUUGAAGGAAUUGAAUUCAGACCACCUCUAUAUUUAGACUGGGUGAUUAGAUCUCAGCACCCACUGAUGGAGUUGAAGCUGUGAUCACAUCACUCCAUCUGAUGAUAGUGUUAGGUGUAAACAUGGGCUAUAUGGCAUGUUUUGAGUCUUUUGACCACUCAAUAAAACAUGAAUGCACUCAACAUGCAUUCAUGUUUUAUUCACUCAUGCUCCCCAAAUUCAUACAUUCACCAAAAUAACGAAAUAAGCAUGUUUUAUUUGUUUUUGCAGCUUUUACAUUUCUGGAUGGGUGACAAAACUGUUGAUUUAAGAACUGCACCAUAAUAAAAGUGCACACACCCUUUGAUCUCACAAGGCAAUGGCAUCAUAAGUGCAUUUUAAGGCUGUUCAGCAUGGAAACUAAUACUGCUUUUACAAUUCUUGCACAAACAGUACCUACAACAGAGCCUGCUCCCAGCUCCCACUCUAAUACAACGCAAAUAUAACCUGAGUGUGCGAGCUAUCACCAGAUCUCAUACUAAACUCAUUCACACACAUUCACAUAAAAACAUUGGGGUUGAAGACUCUAAAAUCCUUCAGAUAAUAAUCCUCAUUCUAUCUUCUGUAUCCUUUUGAGGAUCCUGGAAGUUUCAUAAGACUAUUUAUGAACAGAGUUCUUGUCCACUUUAGCACUUUUCCACAAACUAAGGGGGAGUUGUUUUGUCUCUCCGAGGGUCGGGGGUUCAAUCCCAGGUCCACAUGCUGAAGUGUCCUUAGCCAAGUCACUUAAAGGUGGGGUAGGCAGGAAUCCGUUAAAGAAGUAUCUUUUUUUGUGGUGUAUAUAUAAAAAGCUUUUAAUAUCAGUCAAUAGCUAUCAGUCAUUGAUGACAUUUGGUAAUAUAACGAUAUUGUGUUCUCUUAUGUCUGUGUAGUCAACAUUUUAAAAUUUCAGAGCGGUCCGCUCUUUCUUACUGUAAACAAAGCCAUUCCCCGCCUGCCCCAUCCUGAUUGGUUGUGAGGCGGACGCUGCUCCCCUGUGUCGUUCACGAGCCCAAACAAAGUUAGCGUGCUACAAUAUCAGACAGUAGAAACCAACCAGAAAGUACAGAAAAUUGUCUGAAUCCUCCUUUGGCCACGACUGCCAACACAAGCAAGAAAACAAACUAAAUAUCAGAGACUCUGGCGGAAUAACGAGCGCUUGAAACGGAGGUUGACCGGACAAGAGCUAAGAAGCCGGGUAAACAUCCAUGAAGCAUAAACGAUGGGGAUCUUACGGACCCUGUAACCUUUCUGCUGGACAGGGAAACCGUUUUAACAAAGUAAACCAAGUGUCUGUAACAGAAGUGUUUCAUGUCAAACGGACCUGCUGUAGCGUGUUGUAGCGCCACGGAACUGUUGACCUCGGGUCCUGGACUAUGUCACGUAAUCCAAUUUUUAGAAGUCCUGCAAACAUGUUUGCUGGUAGUCUGUUGGCAUCUACAGUACCAUCAAUACUUUUUACUUUCACGUUGACUGGGCCCCAUUUGUAAUUAUCUGAAGUUUGUAUCUCGUUAUAUAUAAAUUAAAUUGGAACGAUACGAGCGUGCAGGAGCGUCAGUUUGUGGGCGGGUCUUGUUGGAGCAAAGAAGGAGGGGAGAGGAGGAGCUGAGGGGAAAACUGGUUGGGAGGGGUAGUGUUUACAUUCAAGAUUUCUCCCAAAAACUGGCACUUCCUCAGAUCCUGCCUACUCCACCUUUAACCUUCAACUUUCUCUCAUUUGCCAUACACAGCAAUGUGUGAUGGCAAUGAGGGGCACUCGAUGUAGCAGUCUGUGCUGUCAGUGUAUGACUGUGGUGUAAAUGGGUAGACAGUUCAUUUACCAUUUAUUAGGAUUUGUUGGUCGAGGGCAGAGUUACCUUUCUUUUCCUGAAGAUAGCAAUGUGCUGCUUGUGUGCCUGAACAGACCCAACAGAGGGCACAGCUUCACCUUCUGUACUUGACAUGGGUGCUGUGUGUAAAACUGGCAAGGAUGAUAGUAUGAAUGACAACUAUACACCAAGAGUGUAGUGAGUCUAGUGUGUUACAGGGGCCUAAAGCUUUUAACAAACAGCGACCUCUGGAGUUGGAAAAUGAAGCCUAAAGCACAAGCACCAAAAGCGGCAACUUAAAGUGGUCACUUAAGGUUAUCUCCAGAGGCAGCUCAAUCCCCAUUUUCCUUCAAUGCCUCAAGUUCUUUUUCUUUUUCUGCAAUUAGUAAAAAUGCUGCAGUUAAUAGAGCUGCACACUUUAGCUUCAACUGGUCAGUAACCUUUUGAUUAAAAACAAAAGAAAAAAACAAAAAAAAAGUUGAAAUCAAUGUUAGGACUCUCUAACCACCCUCUAUUGAGCCAAAAGCCCUUUACAGGGAAAUAAAGUCAUGAAUUAUAUUAGCUAAACAUGUGGCGGUAUUAUCACAUCAAAACUUCUGAGAACAACUGAAAUUCACAUGUGAGCCUGCAAGAUGAUCAUGAGAUCAGAGACGAUUAACAGGUCAGCCUGCAAGAUUAUCACAUGAUGGUGUAAAAGAGACCUACAUGCAGAUCAUACAGCCAUGCAAACAUAUUAUCAGAGUGAGCACUCACAUCACACCUGUGUUUCAGAUUCCUUCACUCUUGUCAGUAAAUAGGAGGGCAAAAUUACAAGGGUACCACCAAGAGGUGAUUCUGGGGUCAACUUUCUUAGCUUUUUCUUGUCCUUCAUUCAGAAGAAUGAAGGAUUGACUUUUGCCACAGCUUCUCCAGCCUUCAAGUGUCCAACAGCAGUUUUUGCCACCGAGCUUUUGGAUUCCUUCAUCUCAUCUUGGGAUUUUGUGCAUUUUUUAGUACCAGGCUACUACAGUACACAUAACUGGAUAACAGACUUCUUAUAUUUACCAUUGAGCAAGUGUGCUGCCCCAGCUCCCAGUGACCACAGCAAACCUGAUUUCUUAGUGACUAUCAUAACAGAAUAACAAUCCCUAGUAAUGGAUGAAUACAUACAGUAGGCAUGUAAGACUAUUAUAAGAAUGAUGUUUUGUAUCUGCACUUAUUAUUCAACCUGCAGCUUACUCUUGUUUUUAUAUAUAUGUGUGUGUGUGUGUGUGUGUGUGUGUGUGUGUGUGUGUGUGUGUGUGUGUGUGUGUGUGUGUGUGUGUGUGUGUGUGUGUGUGUAGGGCAGUGUAGUGGAGUUUACCAAAUUUGACCCCGCCUGUUUGCUGCCCACCAACACUGAUGACUACUGGACAUAUCACGGCUCUCUAACAACGCCUCCUCUGACAGAGUCUGUCACCUGGAUUGUCAUGAAGCAGCACAUAGAAGUCAGCCAUGACCAAGUAUGUGAAGUGUAUGAAGUCAAAUAUUUUUCUCAUGGAUGUUAUCAAGGUUUUUAACACUGUUCUACAUUUGAGACAUAGUUUACACCUUACUAUAGCCAAAGCAUUUGUUGUUGCUGAUGUUCAAUUUUAACCUGAAAUACUCACUAAAGGGCUGCACGAUUAAUCGAUUUUAAAUCACAAUGGGAUUAUUUGAUUAUGACGUUAAAAAAAAAUUUAAUCGUCAAAUAGAUUUUCCUCUCUAUCAUGUCUCGCACCUCCAGGCCACCGUUGGCUCCCCCUUCCUGCAGGAGCGCUCCCCAGUUCCCACACACACCAGUGUAAACAAACAUGGUGUUUGCAAAAGAAGGCAAUAAUUUCUUGACUAAAUAGGGCAAGAGUAAGUCCGUCGUGUGGAAUUGGUACAGCUUCAUAGUUUUGGAUGAAGAGCAAACCACUCCCCGCCGCAAAAUCUGUCUGACGGCGGUAUCAACCUGUCCACACAAAAAUUAAUUUAGGAGUAAACGCAAAAGUUUUUGUUGUAUUGGUGUCUUGGGUGACUGUAAACAGUACUUUAUAAAAAUGGGUCAGAGAGUGCAUAAAUCCAUAAAUGACUACCAUUUCAUUUCCAUGUGGAUGUCUAUCUGCGUCUCUUGAAACGAUUAUGUGACACACAGUGUAACUCUUUGAUGGCGCCUGCACUUGUCUGGCCAAAACAACCUAUAUACACAUGCUCUGGGCUCUUCGUCUGUCUUUGGUGCAUUUCCUCGGCAGCGUCACAGCUCCACUUACUGGUUUGGCAUAUGCUCUACAUCGUUUCAGUGGUUUUGGUUUGAGAGAUGAUACAAAACCUUUUUAUUUUAAAGUGAAGUUUGGUGAAGUUGUCACUGGAAAAAAAAUCGAAAUCUAAAAUCAUGAUUUUGGCCAAAAUCAUGCAGCCCUAACUCAAAUAUCACUGAUACCAGUGACUGACUGAGAAAAGCUCCUGUAUGUGGCAGGCAUUGUUUGUAUUGAUACCCAGAAAAAUACUAUCUAUGGCCUCUGUAUUUAUCAUUUCUGGGUGCAGACAGUUAUUCACCUAAAAGGCAUAAGAAGGUGCUUACGCUCUUCUUUCUAUCAUCAAAGUGAAGUUAAAGGCAGCAACUCGCUGGUGAACUUAAGAGACUUUUGGUGUGCCAAAGGGUUGUUUGAGAUCAAAAUGAGCCAGAGAACUGAGAAUGCCUUGAGGUUAUAAGUGACCUUUUUUUUACUGCUUUACCCGUGUGUAAAUCACGUUAUUAUUUUACACAAUGUAAUGCUGCUAUGCCGCAUAUCUUCACCUCACUUUCUGCCCCUCCCCAAACUAAGCCAAACCCGAAGUAGUUUCAGCCAUUUCUAUAAUACUGGAAGUUGCUCAAUGCUGAACUGUCAUGACCGCAUAUUUUCUAACUAGAUCUUCAAGUCAAACCAGUCUGAAGAUGAAGCUGAGCCCAUUAUUUGUAUUCAAAAGCCUGUUUCAUGAUCUCAUCUCAUUUGCCCUCUUUAGUUGGCAGUCUUCAGGAGCCUUCUUUUCACCUCAGCCGAGGAGGAAAUACAAAGGAGUAUGGUGAACAACUUCCGUGUGCAACAACCUCUCUGUGGUCGCACUGUUCGCUCCUCCUUCUCUCCUUUCCUACAGGAGGCGCCAUUGACUGGAGAGGACAAGCACAGCCACUAACUGCUGGACUCCGUACACCCAUCCUCUCACAGACUGAUUCGCACAAUGACCAGAUAUAAGUACCAAUCGAAUCCUUAAAUCUUUGAAUAUAUGUUAAGAUUUUAAUUUCUGACUCCAAACCUAGAGUUCUGACCUGUGUGGACUCUAGAAAUUUUAAUGUUGAACAAACAAGAGCAAAGAGAGAAUGGUUGUGUUUUAAUGUGUACUGGGAUAAGGGUUGAGGAUGAAGAGGAAGUGGAGAUUUUAUUCAGACAAAUAUGCAUAAUGACAGCUCUGGAGCCUGGAAAUGGGAGGCAUUAACUACACUAAGGUUAUCUGCAGCUGAUACUGUUUUGAUGUGUUGGUGGUUGUUUUUUUAGAAUGAGUUUUUAGAUUUUUAGUCGAAACACAAGUUCUCUGAUUUUAAAAGUCAGCCGUCUGUACUUCAAAAGCAAAACACUACAAGUCAACAAGUAAGGUUGUUAAUUAAAGUCUGUAGAAAUAUAAUCUUCUUGAUGCUGUGAGGUUUUUUUUUAGGUCAGCUGCAAAGCAUUACAGUACAUUAUUUCAGAUAAAACAGUUGAAUAAUUUUAAAUCAUUUCAGUUAUUGACAAAACUUACCGCUUAUUCAGCAAAGUGAGACUUGAAUCUGACUGUGAAGAGAUUUGCUGGGGUUCUACUGGGCAUGAGAAACAACAACAACUACUAAUACUGAUGCCUCUUUGUGACCUACAGAAGCAGAAAGAAUAUAUAUCAGACCAAAAGUGCCUUAACAUUUUUCAUUAAAAAAAAAACUCACAAGGAACAAGAGGUUUGACAUUUAUGCAAGUUGGACAAGCAUGGGUGAGAUUGAACCCACAAAUGGCAGGAGAUACUGAUUUGUCCAAGUGGCAGACCUAAGCCUCCUGUAGUACCAUCAAAUAAGUGUUUAUUUUUUUAUUAAAUGCGGUUCUACUCCUCCUACUUAUGCAGAACAUCAACAGUUGCAGAAAAGUGUAAGGGUACCUUUUCAUGUUUUCUUUGUUUAAGAAAUCCGGUUUUAUUUAUGACUAACAGGAAAGGAAAGCUGUACAGAUCUAGUAGAAGAUCUGAACAUUCACAGAAAAAACUCGCCUAUCUUCCCCUGACUGACCUUGUGUCUUUACUAAAAUUACUCUUUUCAGUUUUCUUUAAUUUGUGACUUCUCUGAGUCCUCUGUAGUAAAUGUGUGGCUAUGCUACAUGAGAUUCUGUUAGUGAUUUUUUUCAUGAAUUAAAAAAGUUAAAAACGUUAAUUCACUACCUAAAGCUCAGUGAUUGUCCAUUUUUCUCAGAAAAGAACAGUUUUGUCCCAGACCCUCUGUUUCUGGUCUAUCAUACCUCAGGUCGAGAUUGUGGUCUAGAAUCUUUUUUCUCAGUUAAGAAAGCACACUGGUGGUUCCACCACACGUGACUUGAGUAGCUCCAGUCAUGUAAAAAGUUCAUAAUGGGCCCCUUUAGGCCCUGCACACUCAUGGGUAUGUACACCCAUGUAGAAACUCAGAACAUCUCCGACCCAAACUAGCUAGUGAUCAGAACCACCAACAGCAGUCAUGCACUAAGUUCAUCCUGUGGGCACUGUGCAAUCAAAUCACUGCACUUCACUCAGUCUUAUCACGAGAACAGUGGAGAACACCUGCCAAAGGUACUGAGGAGAGUUGAAGUCACAUUAACACUACGAGGCUAGUCUCUGCUUCAUCUGCUUCUACAGUCUAACACAAUGACUCAUUAACAAUUUCUCUGAGUCUGCACACUCAAACCCUUCACUCCCCAUGUUAUUUAACAGAGCUAAGCUAAUCUUCCUCUUCAUUUUCAAUCCAACACCCUUUUUAGUCACUGUUCAGAUCAGGAAUUUGAAAGUAAGGCUAAGCCUGUGCACUCUUAACAUCAUCCAAAGAAGUUCUUCAGUCUGUCUGCUUUGGUGAUGAACCUUCUGAAUGUAACAUGACUGUACGAUUAAACAGAGAGGACAACACUACGAGACAGAGAUGGAAUAGGAAAAACUGGAAUGAUGGGCAUUCGUGGCAGUUCUGCAAAUGUUACAUGGUUCCUUCAACUUUUCUUACCAUUGAUGCAUUAUGAUGAUUUUUAUGUUAGUGUAUCAUGUUCAUAUGGAACUGCCUACAUCCUCAACUGCUGUAUUUUAUCAAUGUAACUGUGUCAUUUUAAUGUUUCAUGGCAUUGUUCUCUUCAAGUUCUUUUGCCUUUUUAACUGUAACUGCGGUGGAUAUCAGUAUAUUCCCAUAUGAAUGUUGAUUGACAGUGAGAAUGGCACAGUUUUGGAUUGACACUAGGGUCUCAUGACAUCGAUUAGAGGUGAUCUGACUUUUUAUUUCAUGUCUUUGGGGAGAUUCAAGUCUCCUGUUUUACUGUCUUUUAUCACGGUCUGCCUUUCUCUUUCAUGAAUGUGUUACAAAAUGCUGUCGUGCUGUUUGUUCUCAAUGUUUUUCAUUUUUGGCACAUCUUGAACUCUGUUGCGCAGUGUGAUAUUUCAGCAGGUGUAUGUUGCCUAUGCAGUAUAUAUCUCAGCUAUUUAUUUUUCCUACGGUCAGCCAACAUUCCUGCCCUGUGGGGCUCCAAUUGGCUUCCCCUCCAACUGAGCUUGUUUAGCUCCACCUGGAUGGCUAAGCAUUUUGCUCCUAGAGAUGUUUGAUCCUUGGGACUAAUGUUGAAUUCAUCAAACAGCAUCCAUUGAAGUGAAUAUAAUUGUAAAGAAUUUGACAUUUUAAAGGAUGACUUUUCACAAUAAAAUCAUUUGUAACAGGAAUCAUAAGUUCUGUCUGUGUGUGUUUGUGACUUCAUAGCAGGGGUAAAUAUGGAGUUUAAAGUGCUCAAUGGAAUACAUUCAAACUGUUAUGGUCCUAUUUAAAACUCAAUGCAACCAGAAACAGUUAAAAACACCAACCUUUGAAAGUGUAGACAUGUAAACCAAGAAAUUUGAACUUUCCUCCUGCUGACCCUUCUCAGCUUACUCCCUUUCUAAGGCUGCAAGGAACGAUUUAGAAAAUAAACACUGUGCUACUGCCCCCACCCAUUCCUUGUACAUUUGAAGACCCUUUGCGGAGAAGAGAUGUUUUUGGUGCCUACACCCAGAUGUCUGGGGUCCUGAAGGUUGGUUGUUUACACUCUAUGAAAGACUUUUACUGUGACUGGGCGUGAUCGUGGCCUGCACCUGGUUCGAGCAACAUAUGAAGUGAUUGAAGCUGACCUCUGGGGGUAUUUAUUGUGCUUAGCUGCAGGGCAGGAGGGACAGGGACACACCAUUCAGGCUCUACAUGUCUUCCCCCUAUUGUUCAACACACAGACUGGAGACAUUAAAGCUUUGAGCUAGACAAUGCUUGGGGCUUAUUAACACUGGGACUGACUGGUGCUUUCAAUGUGAUAUUAAGAAUUUCUAAAGGACCACUGCACACGUUGCUGUCUUGUGAAUAGCAGUAAGUACAGCUCACAUGUAAGUUUCAGGUGAGCUAUGAUGUUGAGCCACGAGGUUUUAAUCUCUCCAAACUUUGAACAUGUGGUUCUCUUUUCUUUUAAACUAUACACCUUACUUUUUAUAUUUGUGCUUAUUAGCAAAUAUGAUGCCAAACUCUGAGUGAAGAUAUCGUCAAAAAAGACUCAAUCUUUGUACACUCUUGGGCUAAAAGUAGUUCCACUGUGUUUGUACGAAGGAAUGUUCUUGAAUAGUCCUGGGAAAACUAUACGCACUGCUAAACAACUCUACAGAUCAGUUACAUUUCGUUUACUUGGUUGAGCUCUAAAAUAAACUGCUCCCUCUCUGAUCUCCAAAGUAGGCCUCGAUUGCUGACCACUGAAACACUCAGCUGCAACAAUAGCAUGUAACAGGUAUUUUCUUGCAAGCAUGUACUGUAGUUGUAAUGUGUUUGAUUCCCUACUGUACUCUCGUGUCUGUGUAGUGGUCACCUUUGUCUUCUAGCCUUCAAGCACAGGCGUAAAAAGAACUUCAGAAACCCAGUUGUUAUUGGAGAGUUAGUUUCCCUCCUGUUUGUCUGUUCUUUAUUUUAGGGGAAUAAUUUAAGAUCAACAACCCCCGAACUUGGUGUGCUCUCCAGAUAAACAGAAGCAUACAAUGAGAGGCCCUCUCCUCUCUCUGAAGUCAAACCCCAGCGACUCUUGUCCUUCAUCUUCCUGCUGUUUGACUUUUUUUUUCUGUGUGCUUUGGCCUCUGAUGUAUUUGUUUGAUGCUCGAGAUGUUUUAGACAAUGGACUUUCAUUCGUGUGGUCCUUUAUUUAACUUUCCCUGUUUAAACUGGUUUGUAUGAAUUCAGCUGAAAAACUAAUGUUACCAUGUUAGGCUGCACUCUUCUUCAUUACAUUGGUACUUCUGACAAAAAGGUAUAUAAUCUCUAAACUCUUAAUCAAAACAGAAGGAUCUACACUUGCUGGAGGUGCUUAAACAAUCAAUUGGAAAGUGUUAUACAUCUUUGGGGCAUUGGCAUCCUUUUAUAGUUUCAAACGACAGGUGGCAGGAAUAGGAGAAGAGGAAUGUUGGAUUAUAUGAGUGGUCGGUCUAGCUGGUACAGAAGCUGGUUACAAAAUGGACAUUACUCCAACUGCUGUGAUAAAAUGACCUUUCUCACACCCACUUCACAGUGCCAGGUCUUUGUCCGUAAAUAUUUUCCUGUCAAAGCAGCUCUCUGUGCUCUUAGUGGGAAAAAAAAUCCCUUCAGUUUUUCAGGAUGGGUGUCCAGGAAACCAUCAAGCAUAAUGUGUAUCUGUUUCCUGUUUCAUGUAAAGACUUAAUUUGGAUAUGAUUGUUAAAUAGGAUGUUAUCACUGGGACUUGUAAGGAUAGUCAGCCUCUGGAGCUCACACUGAACAAAUAUCCUGUAUCUGAUUCGCUCAUUAUGAUAAGGCUGCUUUUCUUUUAUCUGCAGAAAGGUAAAAAAAUUGUAAACGUUCUUCCUAUUCUUAUUCUUUUGAUAGAAAAAGUCUGCAGACAAUGUGUUAGUCCUAAGGUUCACAGACAGUUCUCAUGAAGUCAGCCCACAGUGAACAAACAGGGCUCCCCUUCAGUUUUUUAGACUCUUGGUGUACUACAGGAGCUGUUCAGUGAGUCCUAAUUGGAUAAGUUACAUUUAAUAUUCAAGCAAAGCAUUAAGAUAUGUUUGUGUCCCUUCAACUGUUGCUUAACCCCAGGAAACAUGGUCGGACAUUCUUUAGGCUUUGUGUAGAUGAGCAGAAACAACUCCAGACAGCAUUUUUAAGCUGGAUUUGAUGACCGUGUCCACCUAGUCUGGGCCUAGUUUCAGCAGAGGAAAUCAGCUGUCUGUGGCUUGUUUGUACGUAUGUAUGUGCAUGUGUAUGUGAGUGGGUUGAGCUUGUGAGGUUUCGUGGUAUUGAUACAGUUUGUGUGUUUGCCUCACAGGGGAGUUUCCAUAGUCCACCCAUAGUGCUAAAAUAUUCUUUUCCCCUGUGGCUGUUUUUGUUAUGCAUUUCACCACGAGGAUCCAACCGCACUUUUUGUAAGCCAUUGUGGUUUGUUAUUAAUGUUUUGAUGUGUUUGUUACAGCUGGGGGAGGGAGUUAUUUAAGUGGCAAAGCCAUUGGAGUUUCUGUGUGGUGUGUCUGCGCUGUUUGAACCCUCACUAUACUUAUGUAAGGUUGCCCAGAAUAUUAGCCUCAGUCUUGCGGUGACCCCUCCCCUAACUUCUAGCGGUAAAAUCAAGUCCAUGUUUACUUGAAAUCCUUUCACCAAGUUUCCUGUUAGAAAUAUAUGGUUGUUCAAUCCAUGUAUUCUCACAAUAAUUAAUCUUUAUCAAGUGGCUUCCAAACUACAAUCAUUCAACAACUUCUCAAAGAAGCAUCUCUUGACCCAAAUAUAUUAGAAAAUUUUAGACCCAUUUCCAAAUUGUCAUUCCUCUCAAAGGUUUUGGAAACAGUGGUGGCUAAUUAGCUUAUCACUCGUUCAAGGUGUAAUGAACUCUGACUCUUUACAGUUUGGUUUUAGAGCUAAUCACAGCACAGAAACUGCUCUGCUUAAAGGAAUGAAGGAUUUGCAAAAGGCUUGGGAUGGUGGGGAAUCUUUGAUUUAGUUCUUCUAGAUGUAAGUGCUGUGUUUGAUACUGUUGACCAUUUCCUAAACUCUGGGUUGGUGUCUCUGGUUCAGCUUUAAAUGGUUUUAUUCUUAUUUAACUGGGAGGUCUUACAGCAUUGCCAUUGGAAACUCACAUUCAUCCAGUGCUAAUUUGUCUUGUCAGGUACCCCAUUGGUCAGUUCUGGGACCACCCCUGUUUUCAAUUUAGAUGUAACCCUGUGGACAUGUGAUCCCUAGACACGACAUAGAUUUUCACUUUAUGUGGACGGCACACUUUUUAACAGUGACAACCUGGAUCCCACAUCAUCAGUGCUAAAAAUUAAACUGUAAAUAAGCAUCAUGAAAAUAAAAUUGUACUUACUUUAAAUUAUAAAUAAAUGAAUUAAUGAAUUAAUAAGGAAACUAAAUUAUUGAUAAAUAAAAUUAUAUGUUGUAUUAAAAGUUUAAAGUAAAAAAGUUGAAAAGUUGGCCUUAGUCAGGAAAGUUCUUGGUCACAGGCUGCUGUGUAACACAGUAGGCGAGAGGAUUUAUGUUGUUACUUGGCACUUGUUACUGAUACGCUCUCGCUGGGGAAACCAUAUAUCACAUAUGUUUACGAUUACAAACACUUGAUAUUAGGAUAUCUAUGAUGAAACCGAAACUUCAUGAAAAGUCAUGCCUUGCAUGUUUCUUGGAAAACUUUUAGAUGUUAAAUGGCUGUCUAGCUCUGUGCAAAUGUAAAUAUGCAGAAAGGGCAAUACAAAAAUAUAUAUUUCUACUACUUUGAUAUUAUAUGACUACAUGAUCAAUUAGAUGAUGAAUCAUAAAGAAAAUGAUAUAGAACUGGAGAGUGAUACUUUGUUGGUACUGAAGGUAUCAAAGUUGUGCGCAAUAUUUUGUUGUCAAUUUUUUUAUCAAACAUUUUCUUUAUCCCAGUUAAUCAUGUGCAAAGUGUUUACUUCUUACUGUUGAACUGAACUCUAGUACUACUACUUAGUAAUUAAUUUUAAAUCACUGCAGCAUCCAGUCAGUAAGUGAUACCCAGUAUGGGGGCUGGUUUGUCACUUACGACUUCCAUGAAGGCUGAUUUUAUGUGUCCUAUGUUAAGACCUCAGGAGUGCAGGGAAAGUGUGCUCACUGUUCAUGCUGGCUUCAGUACAACUUCAAGACCAUUUAGAUUUUUCCUUUUUCUAAAAAAAUCAGCAAUAAGCUCUGUGGCUGCUACACAUUAUGGCAUUUGCCAAACCUCAACAUGCAUUACACCGGAUGUGUGUACAGGUGCAAGGGCCAACCCAAUGCUGCUUACAGCUUGAAUAUGUGUUUUGAAUUUACAUUUUUUUUUUAAGAUUACAGAGAUAUAUCUGACUCUUUGAUGGGCUGGUUUUAGGGGCCUCUAAAGACAGAGUGAGAAUGGAAAUACAAACAAUAAGACUACAUGUGCACGCAACUGAAUAAUGUUAUGGGUGCCUUGUUUUUCUUUGACAAAAGCACAACCAGCAUUUGUUUUGAGAAGAAAUUUCAGUGACUUGGGUGACAAAAUCACCUGAUGGCAAACAAAUCUUAGGUUUUGACAUGAGUUUUCUGUAAUUGGGACUCAGUAUUUCACAGUCAUCUCAUAAACUUGUUAACUCUUGCCUACCUAAUAUAGGCAGAGAAAUGCCUCCACUAAUGACACAAGAUGUUUGGGAUCUCCAUGACAAGCAUUAACUGCCCUAAGGUUAUUUUUAGAGUCUCUCCACGAGAUUCAACACCAUAAAAUCAGACCAGCUGGUUCAGAGUCUUGGGUGAAAAACUGGACAGGCUCCAUACCUUGAGUUGUGAGAACCAACUUUCACUGGGGUGGCAGGAAGUUUACUGCGCGCAUGUAUUAAUUAUGGUCCUCCACCCAUUCUGUCUGGUCAUGAAGACCUUGCCACUCACACUGAAGUAUCAUGCAGACAUUAUAUUCUUGUGUGUACAGGCUACAACUUUGAAAACCAACAAGAUCUUUUGAGUCACUACUAAAAGGUCUAAAUUAAAAAUAUAUCUACAAUUAAAUGGAAAAAAAAAACUACCUGUAGGCUACAAAAUCAGCCCAACACAAGUCCCACAAAGUGUCAACAUGCAAACU